UUUCACACGGAUCUGCCGCGGCUCAGGGAGGGCCUCGUCGCCGCGCAGUUCUGGUCCGUGUACGUACCGUGUGAGACGCAGUACCUGAACACGGUACAGCUCCUCAUGGAACAAAUAGACGUCAUAAAGCGCAUGGUAGCUGCCAGUUCCGGGGAGACAACGCUCGUCACUUCUCCGGCAGGCAUCGAGAGAGAGUUCAAGCGCGGCUACGUGGCGAGCCUGAUGGGCGUGGAGGGUGGCCACAGCAUAGCGAGCAGCAUGGGCGUUGUGCGGGCGCUGCAUGAUCUGGGCGUCCGUUAUAUCACCCUCACACACAAGUGCCACACACCUUGGGCGGAGUGUUCUGAGACGGAAGGAACGGCGCCCAACGCCCGCGGUCUUACGCCCUAUGGAAAGGAGAUGAUCCGGGAGAUGAAUCGAGUCGGGAUGAUGAUUGAUGUCUCACACGCGUCGACUCGCACGGUCAAUGAUGUCUUGAGGACUUCGCGAUCUCCUGUGAUCUUCUCUCAUUCGGCGGCAAGACACAUCUGCGACCUGGAGAGGAAUGUACCCGAUGAUAUCCUUCGAUCUUUGGCUAUCAACGGCGGCAUCCUCAUGGUCAGUUUUUUCAACGGGUUCCUCACAUGCAACGACACAGCCACUCUGCAGGAUGUAGUGGCCCACAUCAACUACGUAAGAUCGGUCGCAGGAGUCGAUCACGUGGGGCUAGGUGCUGGCUACGACGGUAUUAACAGGACUCCUAAGGGCUUAGAGGACGUCUCCAAGUACCCGGAAUUAUUCGCUGAGCUCCUUCGUGAUCCUACCUGGAGCAUCCUAGACCUGAAGAAGCUGGCGGGGCUUAACAUGCUACGGGUCUUCAGGACGGUGGAAGAAGUGAGCGAGGACAUGGCGGACGAAAUCCCAUCAGAGGAAAUAAUUCCCAUCCACGACAUCGAUACCCAGUGGCCCUGUAGGUAUAAGUUCGCCAGCCUCGACUUCGAUCGCGCCAAGAGGUCAUCUACUUCCAAGCAACUAAAGGAAUCUGAUCCAUCAAGUCUUGGGGAUUAUGAGGAUUAGGUCUUUUGAUGUCUUUUGUCUUUUUUUUUCUUUCUUUCUUUCUUUAUAUUUUGACAACCUUUAUCAUCAUCUCUUUCCUUUUUUUCUUCCUGGUUUUACACCUACAUCAUUAUCGCUAUUUUUUUCUCUCUCUUUCUCCCCCUUUUUUCUUUCUUUUUAAAAAAAUUCUUCUCCGUAUUUAAAACCUAGAAUUCCCCAGGAUUAUAAAGAUAAUAAUAAUAAAGAUUUUUCCAUGGUAUCUAUCUACAGCUAUCCCAUACUUAGCCCUAACGCGAGCGAUCCAAUAAAAAGGGAGAUAUGGCAACUCACGGUAGUUAUGCGAUCAGCCAACAGAUGGGGCGGGUGCAGCAGUGUGAGGCUAUCUGUUUUUAUGUUAUGCAAGUUAGUUUUCCCCUCCAUUAUUCCAACAAAAAAGGAAGAAAAAAAAUCCCAUACCCAUAGGCAGAUCACCCGUACCUUCCUCCCCCCCCUCUCCCCACAAAAAAAGUUCAGUAUAACAGAACUUAUGAAAAGAAGAAAAAAAAAA